CAUCAUCACUUUCAAAGGUUUAAUCUUUCCAUGCAAAUGCGAGUUUCAGGUUCUUUUUCUCUCAAUCAAUUAUGGCAAUUCAAGUUCGCUUAUGUAGUACUCUCAUUUCCCUUCUGGGUUUCCUUUCCCUCUCCUCCCUUGCAUUUGAAUCAUCAACCUCAGAUGAAGCACAAGUUCCAAAUUUCGCUUUCAGUUGGUUAAAUGACAACAACAAAUUCCAAGCUGGGGAUACGGCAGCCAUAAAGAUCAUAGUACUGGGAGAGUUUGACAGUAAAGGAAAUGUUUCACUUGAUAAAAGUGCAUUCAAUCCUACCCUUACAGUUAAUGGGAAGAGAGGAAAUAAUUCUUUUGUGUCUGGGGUUUUCCUGGAUACUGCAGGGGAUACCAGUACCUGGAGAAUUCUCUUCACUCCAAUCAGGGUUGGGGUUUUUAAUGUCUUUAUCAAUGAUGACUCUUUCAAAGUAUUUGAUUCAUCUCUCCAUUUCGAAACUGUGCCAGGUAAAAUUUAUCCAUCUGUCUGCAUAGCUUCAUGGAUGGGAUUUUUAAACGAGUUUGAAGCUGGGGAGAGAGCUACAGUUUUUAUUGCUCCUAGAGAUGCAUUUGGGAAUAAUGUUUCUUCAACUCGUGAAGAAUUGCAUCCCUAUAAUUUUACAUUGUGUGCACUUUAUGCAAAUGGUUCCCUUGCUAAUGUGCUAAACAUCACUCAUAUUGGCUGGAAUGAGCUUGGUUUUAUUAACAUUGAGUUUAUUGUGGCAAAAGCUGGAAACCUUCUAUUGCAUGUGAAAGGAGGAAAUCAAACCUUGAAUGGCUGUCCACUUGCAUUGAAGGUGAAUCCAGGGCCUCUGGAUGUUUCCAAUUGCCUGCCAAAAUGGAAGUUUGAGACAAACGCUUGGCAAAUAUUUUCCAAAAUGGAAAUUUUUAUUCAUCAACAAGAUCAGUAUGGGAAUCUUGUUUCUGGAUUAUACGAAUUUGAUGCUGAUAUUAUUGAAAAAGAUACAAAUCUGUCUAUACCUGUUGCAGAUUUGUACUUUGAAGACAUGGUACCAGGAAUACAGUUAUUCUCUUUCAGUUUAUUGGAACCAGGAAACUUCUUGCUCACUAUAUCUAAUUUGAAGCAUAAUAGAAGCAUCUCCAAUAUGCCAUUUGCUUAUACUGUCUUUAUAGGUUAUUGUGAUGGAUCAGCCAGCAUUGUCAACGGAUCCGGUUUAAAUGAUUCCGUUGCUGGUGAAAUUGCACAGUUUUCGGUUUAUUUGAUUGACAUUUAUCAAUAUCCUGCUUUUGUUGAACUAGGAAGUAUUAAAGUGCAGAUUGUUAGGGAGAAUGAUUCCUAUAAUGUGCAGCCAAGCAUCUUUCCAAUCAUCCAUGGGAAUGGACCUGCUCAAGAACUCAGCUAUGCUACUAUCAGCCAAACAGAAAUUUCUCCUGCACCAUCUGAUGUUCCAAGGAACAUUUCUGCUGGACACUCGGAAGUUCUGGCCAGUGCUUUUAAUGUGAUUUAUACUGCUGAGAAGAGUGGAAUCUAUGAAAUAUAUGUAUUUUGUGGAAAUAUUUUACUGAGUGGUCACUCAUUCAGAAAGGAAGUUAGAGCAGGUGAGGUUAAUGUAUCUCUUUCAAAAGUUGUGAAAUUUGCUCCCAAGGUGCCAAAGCUUACUGAGAAUGAAAUAUGGGUCCAAUUGAUGGACACAUUUUCUAAUCCUGUCCUGUCCCAACUGUCACUGCUGAAACUAGAGAUUGCUUCAGUCAACAGGUCUGGUUUUUCGACUGGGAUGUUUGUAGAUAAUGAUGAUGGGUCAUAUACUUGUCAAUAUAUGGCUAGAGAUGUUGGAACCUAUGAGAUGUGUGUUUCAUUUGAUGGCAUACGUUUCUCACCGUGCCCUUUUGGGGUCAAUGUGUAUGGUGGUGAAUAUUUUCCUAAAGCUUAUGAUGAUAAAAUUUCUGUGUGGGAGGAUGAGUCUAUUGCUUUUGAUGUUUUAGCAAAUGAUUACUUUGCUGGACACAAUGCAAGCAUUGUUGAAUUCUUGAAACCAGAUUAUGGUUCACUUUUACAGGAUGGACAUUUCUUUAGAUAUACCCCCUAUCAAAAUUAUUAUGGGAGUGACUCUUUUAUGUAUACAAUAUCGGAUGUAAAUGGCAAUCUUGCUUCUGCUGCUGUUAACAUUUCUGUUCUUAAUAUCCCACCCCAGUUUAUUUCAUCUCCGAGUCAACUGCAAGCAACUGAGGACAUGAUAAGCCCCAGAUAUGGUGGUUUCUCAGGGUUUGAGAUUAGGUCUUCUGAUCCAAUGGAGAACAUUUCUGUCACUCUUAGAGCAGACUCUGGAACUCUGUUUUUGUCUCCUAUGCUGAUGCACUUUUGGCAUCCAAUUUGGGGGGAAUUUUCUGUCAAGAAAGAAGAUGAUGAAGCAAAGAGUUUGACAUUAGAGGGGUCUGUAGAUUUGAUGAAUCUAGCACUUCAGUCAAUUCAAUACCUCGGAAAUGAUAAUUUCAGUGGUGAUGAUACUGUUCGUGUUUCUGCCGGCAACAAGAAUGGGAUAAAUGAUUUAGCAGUUCCAGCUUUUGUGGAACCUAUCAAUGAUCCUCCAUUUAUUAACGUUCCCAAAUUUAUCACAUUGAAGGGCAAUGAGGAUGAGUCACUGAUCUUUAACAAAGCUAGAGACAAGUUUGAGUUUUGUGUUGGAGAUCCAGAUCUUCUUAACUUCCCUGGCAAAGAGUCUCGCUUUAUAGUCGCGUUUUCUGUUGAAGUUGAUGAUGGAUUUUUGGUAACCAGCCUACCAGCUGAACUUAUAGAUACAACUGAACUGAGGCUAAUGAAUAGCUAUCAAUGGCAACCUGUUCAGACAUAUGUUACUAUCUCAAAGCGUUUUAUGGUCAAAGCUAAAGGAAUCAGAUUUCAGGGGACAAUUAUUGAUUGCAACGUUGUCAUGCAACAACUAUCAUAUCAUGGUGGAGAAAAUGGUGCUGUUUUGACGCUGAAAUGAAAUGAUAUGGGACAUUAUGGUUGUUAUUCAGAUUGCGCUGACAAUAUUUCAAUGCCUUUACAUGUCAAGGCUUCUGUAAAUCUUAUACGAAAAAGGCCAAUGAGUUCAUUGGCAGUUUGUAGUAAGUGACAAUCUUAAAAAUUUUCUUUCAGAACUUGCUUUAUUUUAUUUGAGAUUACUUUUUUAUUAUUUUUAAUUCUAUUAGAUGUUAGAAACUAGCUUUAUUUUUAUGAAUUAUCGAGUCAAACUGCGUCUGUUUGAAGUAAUAACUUGUUAUGAGCACUGCAUUACUGAAUAUUGCAAAGUGAAGGACAUAAAUUUUUUUGUAUUUAAUAAACUCAGAUUAAUUUCAUUCUGUGGGUGCAGCCCUUGGAUCAGCUGUCAUUAUUGAAUUUUUUAUGGUUCUCUCUUUUGGAGUAGUACUUCUAUCCUUCACAUGCAAAUGUGCAAUUCUUCUUGUGAAUGAAAGAAGCAGCUGCAAAUUCCAAAACUCUAAACAGUCUGGUUUGCGAAAUUUUCAAAAGGAAUCCGUAAGUGGGCAUUGGGAUUUGGUUUUCACAUGUAUUUUGAGGCAUUUUAACAUUAGCUAGCUCAUUCUUACUUUUGUUGAUGAUGUCCUCCAGCUGAACUAGUACAUUUUUCCCAUAAUACUGUUACAUAUAAUUUUUGGAUGUUGUACUUAGAGCACCAGUUUUAAUGUUGCUUGAAUUAUCUUACGCAGUCAAGGGUUGAUUUAUCUGAGAAAACAACUGAAUUCACUGGUGGUUGUUCUCGACUUCUCUCACUCUUCCAUCGACCUUUGAACUUUCGACAGCGGUGACUAGCUAAUGACAGGACAUUUUGGAAAUGGAUUCAUAGCUAGGGUAGAGAAACGAGUUUGAGCUUUUCUUACACAUUUUGGCUUCACUAACAAACAUUUUUUUUGCGAAUAUGCAGCUCUUGCCGUCACUUUGGAGUCAGAGAAGCUGGCCUGGAUGUACAUAGCCCCUCUCAAUCUACUAGUGGUCACCGUCUAAAAAACUCUGCCUAGUUUUAUGCCACUUGCUAUUGAGAAGGUUUCAUAAACAAGAAGUUGAUCUAUUGUGUGAAAUUAUAAACCAUGCGAUGUAGACAUUGGAGGAAUUGAGAAGACAUUAGAUUGUUUUACUACUGUUAUUGAAACAUAUGUCUAUUCCUUAUUCUGCAUGCAAGGAUUUGCACAUUCUGAAGAUGCUUUAACUCAAAUAAGUUUUUUUUUUUUCCCCAAAA